UCUCCCUCAGCACGGCCGCCGCCGCCGCCGCCCGCAAGGCUGGGACCCGAUGCGGUUAGAGCCGCGGAGCCUGGAGGAGCCCCGAGCGUUUCCGCUUUGGGAUAACCACACAUCUGAUUUCUUAAGAUCGUUUUAUAUGUAAAACUUGUAAACAAUCACAACAAUGCCUCCAAGACCAUCAUCAGGAGAACUGUGGGGCAUCCACUUGAUGCCCCCACGAAUCUUAGUAGAAUGUUUACUACCAAAUGGAAUGAUAGUGACUUUAGAAUGCCUCCGUGAGGCUACAUUAAUAACUAUAAAGCAUGAACUAUUUAAAGAAGCAAGAAAAUACCCUCUCCAUCAACUUCUUCAGGAUGAAUCUUCUUACAUUUUCGUAAGUGUUACCCAAGAAGCAGAAAGGGAAGAAUUUUUUGAUGAAACAAGACGACUUUGUGACCUUCGGCUUUUUCAACCCUUUUUAAAAGUAAUCGAACCAGUAGGCAACCGUGAAGAAAAGAUCCUCAAUCGAGAAAUUGGUUUUGCUAUUGGUAUGCCAGUAUGUGAAUUUGACAUGGUUAAAGACCCAGAAGUACAGGACUUCCGAAGAAAUAUUCUGAAUGUCUGUAAAGAAGCUGUGGAUCUUAGAGAUCUUAAUUCACCUCAUAGCAGAGCAAUGUAUGUGUAUCCUCCAAAUGUAGAAUCUUCACCAGAAUUGCCAAAGCACAUAUAUAAUAAGUUAGAUAAAGGGCAAAUAAUAGUGGUGAUUUGGGUAAUAGUUUCUCCAAACAACGAUAAGCAGAAAUACACACUGAAAAUCAGCCACGACUGUGUGCCAGAGCAGGUGAUUGCCGAAGCAAUCAGGAAAAAAACGCGAAGCAUGUUGCUAUCAUCUGAGCAGUUAAAACUCUGUGUUUUAGAAUAUCAGGGCAAAUACAUUUUAAAAGUGUGUGGAUGUGAUGAAUACUUCCUCGAAAAAUAUCCCCUGAGUCAGUACAAGUAUAUAAGAAGCUGUAUAAUGCUCGGAAGGAUGCCCAAUUUGAUGCUUAUGGCUAAAGAAAGUCUCUAUUCUCAACUGCCAAUGGACUGUUUUACAAUGCCAUCUUAUUCAAGACGCAUUUCCACAGCCACACCCUAUAUGAAUGGUGAAACAUCUACAAAAUCUCUUUGGGUUAUCAAUAGUGCACUAAGAAUAAAAAUUCUUUGCGCUACCUAUGUGAAUGUAAAUAUUCGAGACAUUGACAAGAUCUAUGUUCGGACAGGUAUCUACCAUGGAGGAGAACCUUUAUGUGACAACGUAAACACUCAAAGAGUACCUUGUUCCAAUCCCAGGUGGAGUGAAUGGCUGAAUUAUGAUAUAUACAUUCCUGAUCUUCCUCGAGCUGCUCGACUUUGCCUUUCCAUUUGUUCUGUUAAAGGUCGAAAGGGUGCUAAAGAGGAACAUUGUCCAUUGGCCUGGGGAAAUAUAAACUUGUUUGAUUACACAGAUACUCUGGUGUCUGGGAAAAUGGCUUUGAAUCUUUGGCCAGUACCUCAUGGAUUAGAAGAUUUACUGAACCCUAUUGGUGUUACUGGGUCAAAUCCAAAUAAAGAAACUCCAUGCCUAGAAUUGGAGUUUGAUUGGUUUAGCAGUGUGGUAAAGUUUCCAGAUAUGUCAGUGAUUGAAGAACAUGCCAAUUGGUCUGUAUCCCGAGAAGCAGGAUUUAAUUAUUCCCAUGCAAUACUGAGUAACAGACUAGCUAGAGACAAUGAAUUACGAGAAAAUGACAAAGAACAGCUCCGAGCAAUCUGUACACGAGAUCCUCUCUCUGAAAUCACUGAGCAAGAGAAGGAUUUUCUGUGGAGCCACAGGCACUACUGUGUGACUAUCCCUGAAAUUCUGCCCAAAUUGCUCCUGUCUGUUAAAUGGAAUUCUAGAGAUGAAGUAGCCCAGAUGUAUUGCUUGGUAAAAGACUGGCCUCCAAUCAAGCCUGAACAAGCCAUGGAGCUUCUGGACUGUAAUUACCCAGAUCCUAUGGUUCGAGGUUUUGCUGUUCGAUGCUUGGAAAAAUACUUAACAGAUGACAAACUCUCUCAGUACCUAAUUCAGCUCGUGCAGGUCCUAAAAUAUGAACAAUAUUUGGAUAACCUGCUUGUGAGGUUUUUACUUAAGAAAGCUUUGACUAACCAAAGGAUUGGGCACUUUUUCUUUUGGCAUUUAAAAUCUGAGAUGCACAAUAAAACAGUGAGUCAGAGGUUCGGCCUGCUUUUGGAAUCCUACUGUCGUGCUUGUGGAAUGUAUUUGAAGCACCUGAAUAGACAAGUGGAGGCUAUGGAAAAGCUCAUUAAUUUAACUGACAUUCUCAAACAGGAGAAGAAAGAUGAAACACAAAAGUGGUGCAGUGGUUAA